AUGGCUGUCGAACCGCAAUGCGGCGGCUUCAAUUCGCAAGGAUUUGUGAACUUUAAUGGGGGCAUCAACUUUGCUCAAAUCAAGACUAUCUAUAGCUUUGGCGAUAGCUGGAGCUCCAAUGGAAGAUACGAUGGUAGUCCUGCCAGUCCAGCUGUCCGUCAAGACACUAACCCAAUGUAUGGAAGACGGGCAAGCAAUGGCCCCAUGUGGACUGAGUUUCUGGCUUCGAAUCAACGCACCUUGAGGAACUACGCCAUCGGUGGUGCAACAGUCAAUCAUCACCUGUGGAAGGCACGGGCAAUGAAAUCGGACAUGGUUGGCCAAGUGGAUAAGUUUCUAAGCCAGCGCCUUCCCAUUGAUACUGAGUCAAUUGUCUUUCUAAGAAGCCUGGCCACCAUAUUCUACGGGAUCAAUGAUUACUCGUCUUCCGCCGAAGGGCCAGGGACAUUAGAGCAAGCAGCCGGCUGGCUCUUGGAAGAGACGGAACGAUUGAUUGGAGCUGGAUUGAAGAAGUUCAUUGUGGUCGCACCAUAUUUCAACAGAUCUCGAAUAAAUAACUUCAACAAUAUUGUCUGGAAUGGUUUCAAAAAUCUGAAGCAAUCACGACGAGGGAUCAAGUUUGCAUACAUAGAUCUGAGUGCUCUCUUUACGGCUAUCUACGCCAAUCCCAGCUCGUUUGGAUAUAAAUCCACCGGAGCAUGUCUGAAAUCAGCUACAACAACGGUUGGAGGAUGUAGUAAUCCGGAUGAGUAUUUGCUACAUCAACAGGGGCUGGACAAUUACCUAUGA